AUGUCGUCCAUUGUCGAUCUAGCUAAAACUAUAAUCAGUGAUCAAAGCGCCGCACUUGUGCAUGCGCUAUUGACGAACUCUAGUCGAACAAAUUUUAUUCGACCAAUAUCAUCAUCAUCAUAUAAUACAAACUGGAGUAUAUCACAUAUACCUGGUCCACCAUCAUCAUUUCUAACGCCUUUUUUCUCAUCGUCCUCAUCAUCAACGACAACAACAACAGCAACAGUUGCUUCAACAGAUAAUAGAUAUUAUCCAUUUUGGUUAUUAGUCAUUGUCGCUAUAUUUGGUAGUGUAACAUCCGUAUUAACUGUUUUGGGAAAUAUUCUUGUUAUGCUUGCAUUUUUUCUUGAUCGACAAAUUCGACAACCGACUAAUUACUUUAUACUUUCAUUAUCUGUUAGUGACUUUCUUAUCGGACUUUUAUCUAUGCCUAUAUUAACAAUAUACAUCUAUGCUAAAGAAUGGCCAUUGAAUGCUAUUAUAUGUGACAUAUGGCUUUCACUUGAUUAUACUGUUUGUCUUACAUCAAUUUAUACGGUGCUGUUCAUUACAAUCGAUCGUUUUUGUUCGGUUAAAAUGCCAGCAAAGUAUCGAAAAUGGCGUACUCGUAGAAAAAUUAAUAUUAUGAUUGCUGCGACAUGGGCAGUUCCUACUCUCAUCUUUUUUACAUCUACAAUGGUUUAUCCACGUGUAAGAAGUAUUUCAAAUAUGCAAAAUGGCGUUUGUGAUGUACAAUGGAAUAAAAAUCAUGUUUUUAAUUUAUGUUUAACCAUUGGAUAUUUUUGGACAACAUUAUUUGUCAUGAUAAUUCUAUAUAUUUUUAUAUAUGGUAUUAAAUAA